AUGCCACAAAAGAAAACAUUCACUACCCUCACAUAUCUUGCAUCUAUUUUAUUUUUACCCUGGUGGGUUUCUCUCUCAUUUAAUAAAAAUCUGGAAUCCUGGGUUACAAAUUGGUGGAAUACUAGGCAACCCGAAAUGUUUUUGAAUGAUAUUAAAGAAAAGAAUCUUCUAGAAAAAUUCAUAGAAUUAGAAGAACUUUUCUUUUUGGACGAAAUUAUAAAGGAGUACCCGGAGACACAUAUACAAAAGCUCCGUAUAGAAAUCCACAAAGAAACGAUACAAUUGGUCAAGAUGCACAAUGAAGGUCAUAUUCAUAGCAUUUUGCACUUCUCGACAAAUAUAAUCUGUUUCGCUAUUCUAAGUGGUUAUUCUAUUCUAGGUAAUGAAGAACUUCUCGUUCUUAAUUCUUGGGUGAAAGAAUUCCUCUAUAACUUAAGUGACACAAUAAAAGCUUUUUCUAUUCUUUUAUUAACUGAUUUAUGUAUCGGAUUCCAUUCGCCUCAUGGUUGGGAACUAAUGAUUGGCUCUAUCUCCAAGGAUUUUGGAUUUUAUCAUAAUGAUCAAAUUAUAUCUGGUCUUGUUUCCACUUUCCCAGUCAUUCUAGAUACACUUUUAAAAUAUUGGAUUUUCCGUUAUUUAAAUCGCGUAUCUCCGUCACUUGUAGUGAUUUAUCAUUCAAUGAAUGACUAA